AGGAGCGAUUUUUCACGGCAGCGCUUGAACGUGCAACAGAAACACGCAGCAACAGCUGGAAAAGGAGGCAUAAUGAAGAUAGCGACGAAGACGGUAUACUAUUGUUCGGAAGGCAACCAAAGAACAUGGCGAGUGAUAGUAUGGAUUUUGAAACGUUUUGCAAACACCAGGGACAGAUGUAGGGUUUGGGGAGGAGGAAGAGGUUGGGCAAUCUAUGACAAGUAUAUAUUAUUAUCAUAUCACAUUCUCAUGAUUGUCGUCAAUACAUGCAUGUAUAAAUCUCGGAUUCACUUCACUUCACAUAUAACUACUGGUCCAUAUAUUACUUAUAUAUUUCCCCUCUGCACUAUCAAAACGAUCUUAUAUGUUGGAAAAUGUGAAUGUAAUUAAAAUUACAGAUGAUACAACUUUAUGAAAAUUGAUGUGGAUAUGUGGGGUAGAAAUGUCAAAGAUACACUCUGUAU